UUUUUAAUUUAUCACUACCUUAUCAAGCCAAGACAAUGUUGUAUGUUUGUAUAAGAUAUAGAAAUGAUAUUUUAUUGUAAGUGUUUAAAAGAAUUUCAGAGAAAGUUUAAUCAAAAAGGAGAGUACGGAAAAUAACGACACUAGCGAACCUAUGAAUUCGCGGAUGUGCGAUUGAAAUCUUUAGUUUUCCAUAGUAGUGAUUUUUUCUGUAUAUUUGUAAUAUAUCGUUUAUAGAUAUUCAAUAUACCUACUUGAUUGAAGACAAAUAAAUAUUAUCUUAAUUAUAUUAACUUCGAUAAAUACAUAUGAAUGCAACGUGUGUGCACCUGCAUGCAAGUGCAUGCGAAAAGAUAAAACAUACGUAAACUGAUUGCUUUUAUACUUAUAUAUCGUAUAGGAAAUCUCUUUUAUACGAUGAAGAGAAAAAUGUAAUAAAGAGAUUGUAUAAAUAACGUGUGAUAUCUAUUCACAAAUAUUAUUGAUUUGCAUUGUUUCCUUGAAUUCAAUUGUAAUUUUGUUAGAAAGGUAAUAUAGGUUAGAUUUUGGAGUCAUGGCACAGUCGACAGCCAGUGGAACGUCAUCUCGACGAUACAUGAGAGAACAUGAUGUUAAUGUAUCUUCUUCGUCACGUUAUAUGGAUAGUGAAUGGGAAACUAAAGAGGCCUUACGGCAGAGAGAAUUGGAGGAAGCUAGGGCACGAGCUGCUCAAAUGGAAAAAACUAUGAGGUGGUGGUCAGAUUGUACUGCUAAUUGGCGUGAAAAGUGGAGCAAAGUUAGAAAUGAAAGGAACAUGGCAAGGGAAGAGGCCAAAGCACUUAGAGCAAAAUUAGAAAUUGCUAUGAAAGAUGCUAAUACAUAUAAACAUGAAUCUCAAGAAUUAGAAAUGAAGAAUGAACAGUUGAAAAAUGAAAUGGAGAAAAUACAUAUGUUACUUUUGAAACAUGCAGGACAGUUCAAUCAACAAAUAUUCUCGGUGCUGGAGUCGGAUUCACAAUUGAGAAGUACGCUUGGAAUUGACGAAUUGUUAGAUUUUUACAAUAAUGUAGAACAACAAGAAAAAGGAAGUCAAAAAGAAGCAUUAUCAUGCCAACGGUCAUUUGAAGAGUCAAAUGUUAAUGUUGGUAAUCAUACUGCUUUACCAGAUAGAGACAUUGAAGAAUAUGUACUUCAAGGUGCAGUUCCAAAACAUGCAGUAGAAUUGUACAAAGAAGGUUCCUUGAGUAAGUUAGACAGAGAUAUUGCACAAUUAGUUGCAGAAUCUUCAAUAGAAAGUAAAGCAGAGAAACGGCAAUCUUCUAUAGAAAUGUACAAUGAAGAAAUAUUAGCACAGAAACUUUCUAUGUUACAACUUAGAUUGGAUGAAGCUACCAAAACUAUUUCUGCUGAAAGAGAAGAAAAGAAUUCAUUGCACAGAGGUAUAGAGAAAUUGAGAGCAGAAGUUACACAGUUACAAGAACAGUGUGUUGAACUUCAAGAAAGUAGAGCUGAUGCUAUGAGAGAGCUCUUGGAGUUAAAAGAACGAUAUCAAGAUGAACUUAGUACUGCACACAAUGAUUUGGUUGUUGAAACUUUAAGUAAAGAAGGAAUGGAUCGUAGAUUGUCUGAAUUAUGGACAGAAUUAGGAAAAUUACAAGCUGAAAAUGCGGCAGAAUGGGGUAAACGUGAACGCUUGGAGACUGAAAAAAUUUCAUUAGAGAGAGAAAAUAAGCAAUUACGUAUUGAAUUGCAUGACUUACAAGAAAGAUUAGAAUCACGACGAUCUCGUCCUCUUUCCACUAUAGAUACAGAUGGAAAGCUGUUACAACAAGAGCUUUUAGAUAGAAACAAGGAAUUGUCAGAUAUAAAACAUUCUCAAACAAAAUUAAAAAAACUCUUGGGUGAAAAAACAACAGAAUUAUCACACGCGAUACGAAGACUGGAACAAUACGAAGGAGAGGUUAAAAGAGUGAGAGGAAGAGUAGAUGAACUUAAAAAAGAAUUAUCUUUAGCUCAAGAUGAAUUAGAUGCUUCAACCAAUAGUGUACGUAAAUUACAGCGGGUUAAUGAAGAUCUUUUAGAGCAACUACAGUCAGCAAAUGUACAAUUAGAACAUUUUAAAAACAGUUCUGAAACAAGUGGAGUGAACAGAUCUGUGGAAUCAUUAGAUAAUAAAUUACAAGAUGAUGAGGAAUUAUCUGAUGAUUAUGAAGCAAAUCAAGCCUAAUACAUAAUUGCUAUGGUAAACAUAUUCAUAUUUCGUUUAGAUAAGAAAAUAGAUGGAGUAAACAAAUCGUUAGGAGGUAAAAAUAAUUUAUAUUUCUUAUAUUCCUAUAAUCUUAACACUCCACUGACAACAUUCUUUCAUUAGCGAUUUUGUAAAUGUGUAUACAUAGUAAUCAGCAAAAUAGGUAUUUUGUCUUAUUCCUGUAAAUGUAUUUUUAAAACACUAUGCACUUAUAAGAUUUAUUUAUAUGU